UCAGAGCCCUCCGCCGGAAACUAAAAUACAGAGUACUAGUUCCGCUUUUGCAAUCAUCUUCUGAAGGUCAGUAAAUGAAUUGUUUGCGCACGGAACACUAUCAAGACGGACAGUAUUGCCACACUGACCGGUAAAGAUGGGUAUGCUGAGCUGUCAGUGAGAGAGGUUAAGUAUGUCAUUACUAAAGAAGCCAAAGAAAGCAGAUGAAAUGUCACCAUCCCCCAUUACUAACGAUAGCAGACAACGCCGCCAAAACUACCAGUAUGCUGGCAUGAACAGUAACAGCCACAAUUUUCACGAUGGACUGGAGGACGGAGAUAGAGAAGCUUUGCUGCAGGACUCUGAAAUGCCUGUUCACAGAGGACUUACUGGAAACAAAGGAGAACUGGGAAAUAUUCUUUUGUUGCUUUUCCUAUAUAUUUUGCAGGGAAUUCCUUUGGGACUUGCAGGGAGCAUUCCCCUUAUCCUCCAGAGCAAAAAUGUUAGUUAUACAGAUCAAGCAAUUUUCAGUUUUGUCUUUUGGCCAUUCAGCUUGAAGCUGGUUUGGGCACCACUAGUGGACUCUCUAUACAUAAAAAAGUUUGGACGGAGGAAAUCCUGGCUGGUUCCUACACAGUAUAUUUUGGGCUUGUUUAUGAUUGGUUUGUCAUAUAAGAUAGAUGAUCUCUUAGGGGGAGAUCACAAACCUGAUAUGUUUGCCUUAACUGCUACCUUUUUUUUGUUUGAGUUCUUGGCGGCCACUCAGGAUGUUGCUGUUGACGGCUGGGCUUUGACAAUGCUGGCUAAAGAAAAUGUAGGUUAUGCUUCAACUUGCAACUCUGUAGGGCAGACAGCUGGAUACUUCAUGGGAAAUGUGCUUUUUUUAGCUCUGGAAUCAGCAGACUUCUGUAACAAAUACUUAAGAUUCACCCCAAAGCCUAAAGGAAUGGUUACUCUGCCAGAUUUCAUGUUCUUCUGGGGAGCAGUAUUUCUCAUAACCACAACGCUGGUGGCAAUGCUUAAAAAAGAAAACCGAAAUGAGAGAUCAAGCAGAGAGGAAACGCAGAGCGUGAAGGAGGCCUACACUCUUCUCUUCAGCAUUCUGAAGAUGCCAGCUGUUCUCAUAUUCUGUUUUAUGAACUUAACAGCUAAGAUUGGAUUUUCAGCAGCUGAUGCAGUAACAGGACUAAAACUUAUAGAAAGAGGUGUUCCUAAGGAACAUCUUGCUCUCCUGGCCGUUCCAAUGGUUCCUCUACAAAUAUUACUUCCUUUAGUUAUUAGUAAAUACACGGCUGGCCCCAAACCACUUGACGUCUUCCACAAAGCCAUGCCUUUCAGGUUGCUGUUGGGACUAGAGUUUGCUAUUUUAGUUUGGUGGACUCCAAAAGUAAGCCAUGAGGGCGGGUUCCCUCUUUAUUAUUACCUGGUGCUGUUGCUGAGCUACGCACUACAUCAGAUUACUUUAUAUAGUAUGUUCGUGGCUGUCAUGGCUUUCAAUGCUAAAGUUAGCGAUCCUCUUAUUGGUGGAACAUACAUGACUCUCUUAAAUACAGUGUCUAAUCUUGGAGGAAACUGGCCUUCUACUAUGGCUCUCUGGUUUGUGGAUCACUUGACUACAAAAGAAUGCGUUGGUGCAGCUGGACAGAGUUGUGUUAAUCUGGAUGCUACUGGGCUUUGUACACAAUUUGGUGGCUCAUGUGUAACUACAUUAGACGGCUAUUUUGUGGAGUCCAUUAUAUGUGUCAUCAUCGGCUUUGGUUGGUGGUACUUCCUGGGGCCAAAGUUUACAAAACUUCAGGAUGAAGGACAGUCAUCAUGGAAAUGUCGACGGAGGAGCGUUUUUUAAAUUAAGAUUUAAAAAAUAAAUACUGUUGCAUUAUUUUCAUUACCAAAAGGCCAUCAACACAGUUAUUUCAUACUAUUUUUGCAGCAAAUGGUUUACAGUGAGAAUACUAGAUUGUAAGUGUUCUCUGAAAUAUCUUUUUACAUUCUGUAUCUACAUACCCCAUAUUACCAUAAUUAAGCAUUGGAAAAGGAGUCCAAAUAUGUUGUCCAUGUGGGACUAACAUCACAGAUGUGUCAUGUCCUAUUUUUAAAAGCAAAAGUUGAAUGUGGCAAACGGUGAUCAAUUAAACCCGCAGUUUAUUAACUAUA